CAUCAGAGUGACCUCAGCAAUCAAUUACCAGCACGUGACUGUGACUGACAAGCAGAGCAUGGGGCCUUGGGCUUUGGCAAUUCUGACCGUUCCCGUGUAUUUCACAGUAACGGAGGGCAGUAAACGAUUCUUUGGUCUAGAAAAUGAAGCUUUAAUUGUGAGAUGCCCCAAAAGAGGAGGCUCCCUUUACCCUGUGGAGUGGUAUUACUCAAACACAAACGAAAGUAUUCCUACUCAAAGAAGAAAUCAGGUCUUUGUCUCAAGAGAUCGUCUGAAGUUUCUACCAGCCAGAGUGGAUGACUCUGGGAUUUACAGUUGCAUUAUCAGAAGUCCAAACUUGAAUAAGACUGGAUAUGUGAAUGUCACCAUACAUAAAAGGCCCCCAGGCUGUAGCAUUCCUGAUUAUUUGAUGUACUCAACAGUACAUGGAUCAGACAAGAAUUCCAAGAUAACUUGUCCAACAAUUGACCUCUACAAUUGGACAGCACCUGUGCAGUGGUUUAAGAACUGCAAAGCUCUUCAGGCACCGAGGUUCAGGGCACACAGGGAAUACCUGUUCAUUGACGAUGUGGGCCCCGACGAUGAAGGCGAUUACACGUGCAAAUUCACACACACAGAGAACGGAACCGGUUACCAUGUGUCUGCAAGCAGAUCAUUCACAGUUGAAGAAAAAGGCUUUUCUAUCUUUCCAGUAAUCACAGCCCCUUCAAAAAAUGAGACAUUUGAUGUCGAAAUAGGAAAAACCGUAACUAUCACCUGUGUAGCCUGCUUUGGCAAAGGCUCCCAGAUCUUGACUGCUGUCCUGUGGCAGAUUAACAAAAGGAACAUUGGAAAUUUUAAUGAACCAAGAAUUCAAGAAGAGGAAGGUCAAAAUCAUAGUUCCAGCAACGACAUGGGCUGUUUAACCUCCGUGUUAAGGAUAACUGGAGUGACAGACAAGGACUUGUCCCAGCAAUAUGACUGUAUGGCCCUGAACUUUCAUGGCAGCACAAGGCACCCCAUAAGACUGAGAAAGAAACAGCCAAUUGAUCGUCGAAGCACCUACCACUUAGUUGUGGGAUGCAGUACGUUGCUAAUGCUUGUCAGUGUCUUGGUGAUAGUUUUAAAAGUGUUCUGGAUUGAGGUUGCUCUCUGCUGGAGAGACAUAGUGACACCUUACAAAACUCAGAAUGAUGGCAAGCUCUAUGACGCUUAUGUCAUUUAUCCACGGGGCUUCUGGGGCAGCUCAGCAGGAGCCAGCUCUGUAGAGUUCUUUGUUCAUCAUACUCUGCCCGACGUUCUGGAGAAUAAAUGUGGCUACAAGUUGUGCAUUUAUGGGAGAGACCUGCUGCCUGGACAAGACGCGGCCACCGUGGUGGAAAGCAGCAUCCAGAAGAGCAGGCGGCACAUGUUUAUCCUGGCCCCUCACAUGAUGCACAGCAAGGAGUUUGCCUAUGAACAGGAGGUUGCCCUGCACAGCGCCCUCAUCCAGAACAACUCCAAGGUGAUUCUUAUUGAGAUGCAGCCUGUGGGUGAGGCAAGCCGGCUGCAGGUUGAGGACCUUCAGGAUUCUCUCCAGCACCUUGUGAAAAUGCAAGGGACCAUCAAAUGGAGGGAAGACCACGUGGCCAACAAGGAGUCGCUAAGCUCCAAAUUCUGGAAGCAUGUGAGGUACCAAAUGCCAGUGCCUCGCAGACCCCCCAGGAUGGCACCUGUUGCGGAUCCUUUGACUGGUAAAGCAUGCCUGGACCUGCAACACCUUUGAAUUAUGGACCUGACUGCCCAGAGAUGAGUGUGUCCCAGCAGCAGGCACCACAGUGGAAGUGUGAAGACUUGAGAUGUCAAGGGCAGCAGCCCCAGGUCCCAGCUAACA